CUUUCAUUUGUCAAAAAGGAUCCCUUUGACUCGGCCGACUUCCAGACUGUCAUUAAUGUGUGCAUGGCCCUUCUCAAAAUGGAUUGUUCAAAAUUGAAGGCACAGCAAGAACAUGAUUCAAAAGUGAAGUGCAGACAGGGGUAUCUAUGUUUCUUUGUCAUGAAUUUAAGUCUCAAACUUAAUUCACUGCAUCAAGAUAAAUAUGAAAUGACUCAAAAAGAUAAAUCAGUAUUGUUAGAGUUCAUUUCUCAAACGAUAUUAACUUCACAGAUCAAGUUUGAUGGUCAAAUUCUCGAUUUCUGUCUCAAUACUGUAUCCUACUUGUCGAAAGAUUCUUCAGUGUGUACAGACUGUAUUGAUAUUCUCUUCACAUUGUUGUCUUGCCGUUCCUACAUAAUGAUGGACGCUCUCCCUGCCUUCUGUCAGUGUUAUUUGUCUUUGUACAGUGCCAUUUCUGCUAAAAGUGAUAUGAAUAGAUUUAUCUGUGAGAGCACUGUGCAGCUGCUUGCAUCGCAGGCGUUCAAAGUAGAGAAAUUAACUACUCAAAUGGAAAAGAAUAUAAGAGAAUUCAAACGAAUAGCUCCCCUCAUAAUUGCGGAUAUCCUGCUAAUUUCCCAAAGGUCAACAAUUCAUCAGCUAAUAAAGGCUCAUCUGAUGAAUUCGACAUUCACAUUGAUUCGAAUGUGUGAUAAAAAUUCUAUCAACUUUUUGAAUACCAACUUGCCUUACUCUUCAAUAGAACUCUUCAAGAAAAUAGAGCAAGAUUUUGAAAAAAGCUUCAAAUACUCCGGGAAAAUUUAGAGCUAUUCUUCAAUCAGUUUUGAGAGCAGUCAAAUUUGUUUUCCUCCAGGAAAAUGUAUAGUUUUGAAAGUAUGUAAAAGCAUGGUCAUUUGUUUUUUCUGGUAAUGAAAUCCUUUCACUAGUGAUAUUAAAAUUUAUAGAUUCCUAGUGUUGAAGUCUCAAACUUAGCAUUAGAUCCAAAAUGACUACAAAGAGCAUCGGAUAUUCUGAAGAAAAUUCGCUCAAAGAAAAGUCUCGUAAAUUCAAGGCAGCGCCACCUUAAACUAAGAAGACUAUUUUUGAAGUGUUGACAAGAAACAUGUCCUAAGAUUAAAAAAACUGAGUUUUCUUCAAUGUAGUAGAUGUGUGUUCUUAAUUAUUGAGUACUCCAAGUUUUCUUGGAACAAGAAUAUGUUUGCUUAAAACAAGGAUAAGUUUCCUUGAAAAAAAGGAAAAAUUCAGGAUGAUUCAAAGCUAAACUGCCAAACUGCAGGAGCCGGUUCUUAGGGUUAUAAUGAGACUUUUUUUCCUUUAUGAAAUUUUUUCCAAAAGUGCGUUUUAGGCGGGCUACAGCCCGCUCCCCCUCCCCAAGUUCUGGGAAAUAAACCAUUUAUCCUGCAUUUUGGCAAUGGUUUUGCACAAAAUCCCCACAGUACCCACAGUUUGAUAGGCUAAAAACUGGAUUUUUAGGUAGGAGGAGUGUGAGUGCCUCAGGCUCUAAAAAAGUCAAAACAUUGUAUUUUGUGGAUCCCCCUGAAACCCCAGUUUUAACUUAGAUUUUGAGUUUUUUAAUGUCAAAGAUGAGUUCAGUUAAUCAAAUUUUGGGUGCAUACCAAUUUAAUGAGAUUUGGUGCAUUCUCCUAGUCUCCCGUUCGUUAAAUUACUGCAGCAUCGGGUAGUUGGGGCAUUACUUUAUUUAUACAUUUUAAUGAAAAAUGAUCCAUAUUAUACCCCUGACAUUAACACUACUUGUUUGGAGCAAAUUUUAACCAGCAAAUUCAUGCCUUCCUGGGACAUUUUGAACCAGGAACACUCCAUUUACAUGCCCAACACUCUACCUACCGUGCCAUGACUCUUGUUAUGGGAAGAUAGAUUCACACCAUAAAACUCAUGGGACUAUGUUCUCACUUUUUUAACCGCUCUUGGCAGUGGCCAGUGUAGCCUUAGUGUUUAUUGUGUGUCUCUUACUACGAAUAUGUUGCUGCUGAGUCCUAAGCAGUGACCUAUGGGAAGUGCCUCCAUUUAUCAAAGCCCUUGAAAAUCUCUUUAUCGUGAUUAUUCAACUUGUUAUCUCGAAAUAUUUUUGUGUUGAAGAAUUGGGCGGAAAUUUGCUAGGCGCAGCACUGCGAUGUUAUUUUUCUGUGCUCCAAAUCUGUUCUUUUUUAAAAACACCUUCUUUGUCUCAAAAUUUAAGUAAUGCACAUCAGAUCUCAGGAGAGCAUGGUGGUCGAGUAUUUAAAACAACAGUCAGCAGCUUCGUUGUCCACAAAUUGCCCCCCCCCCCCAAAAAAGAAAAAAAAAUUAAAAGAAAAGUAGUAGUGCAAAGCAAAACUUUUUUAUUUUUUCAAAAAAUUCAAUUUUUAGCAACUCAGUUGAAAAAAGUGGUCAUAAUUUUUUCACUUGUUACCAGGGAAAUCUGAUGGGUUAACAAUUUGUUUACCUGAGAAAACUGAAUCGAACACAAAAACAUUAUUUUUUAUAGAUAUGUAUAGAAAAUAUAAUUUUAAAACAACGUUUUAUUGAAUUGUGAAUAAAUAUUUGAACAAAUGGUC